UCCCCCUCCUAUAAUGCUGCUCACCGCUGCCGGUGGAUAACGCAGAGCUUCGUGUUGGAACAAGACUCUAGUUAAACAUUUCAAGCCUCUAGAAUCUGUUCGAGAACACCCAGAAUGAAAAAGCACGCACGGUACUAAGCAGGAAUAAUCUGUGUGUAAUGCGUUGUUGCGCCUUUGCGCGCAUUCAACUAACACGUAAUUCUCCAAGCGAGUAAAUAGAGUUGAGGACAGGUGAACUUGUCCGCUGUGUCUCGGACUCUAUAUGGAGGGAUGUCGGAAUGGCUUGCACCAGGAGAACCAAAACUUUGGUGUCUACGUGUGUGAUACUAAGUGGAAUGACCAACAUUGUGUGUCUUUUGUAUGUCGGAUGGGUGACUAAUUACAUCGCUAAUGUGUACAUCAAAGUGCCGAUGCCUGUCCCAGCCAAAAAGUUGGAGGGCGACAGGAAAGGCGAAACUCUUCGGAUUAUAGAGCGACUGGAUCGGCUGGAGAAUGUAGUUAACCAGCAUAUACAAGAGUCCCCGCUGAAAGGAGAUGACAAUCAGGCAGAUCAAUCUUUUUCCGACUCGUCCUUGUUCAACCACUGGGGCCAGGAUCUGGGGCCCGAGAGCCGCAGAGUGGCCCUCAAAAUGUUUCAGUAUUACGGCUACAACGGUUACCUCAGUGACCGCCUCUCCAUGGACAGACCCAUUCCAGACUACAGACCUGAGGGGUGCAAAAACAUUUCAUACCCGUCCAACCUGCCGCAGGUCAGUAUAGUGUUCAUCUUUGUGAACGAGGCGCUCUCGGUAAUUCUGCGUUCCAUCCAUUCAGCCAUGAACCGAACCCCUCGCCACCUGCUCAAAGAGAUUGUACUGGUAGAUGACAACAGCAAUAAUGAUGAGUUAAAGGAGAAAUUACAGGACUUUGUGAAGGAGACCAACUCCAGGCAGCCGGGUUUCAUUAAAAUGGUGCGGCAUAGUAAGCAGGAGGGGCUGAUCCGCUCGCGAGUGAGUGGCUGGAGAGCUGCCUCUGCCCCUGUAGUGGCCCUGUUUGACGCCCACGUCGAGUUCAACACUGGCUGGGCUGAGCCUAUUCUCCAAAGGAUCAAAGAUGAUAGAACCAGGAUUAUAUCUCCAUCUUUUGACAACAUCAAAUACGACACAUUUGAGAUUGAGGAGUACCCGCUUUCUGCUCAGGGCUUUGAUUGGGAACUGUGGUGUCGAUAUCUGAACCCGCCAAAAUCUUGGUGGAACUUAAACAACAGCACCGCACCAAUCAGGAGUCCGGCCCUGAUUGGCUGCUUUGUGGUGGACCGGCAGUAUUUUGCAGAGAUUGGACUGCUGGAUGAAGGCAUGGAGAUUUAUGGAGGAGAGAACGUGGAGCUUGGCGUGAGGGUGUGGCAGUGCGGUGGAAGUGUGGAGGUUUUGCCCUGUGCUCGUAUCGCCCAUAUAGAGCGUGCCCACAAGCCCUACACAGAGGAUCUAACAGCCCACGUACGCAGAAAUGCUCUGAGAGUGGCUGAAGUAUGGAUGGAUGAGUUUAAGAGCCACGUCUACAUGGCCUGGAACAUUCCACAGGAGGACUCAGGGAUAGACUUUGGCGACAUCACAGAAAGGAAAGCACUGAGGAAAAGACUGCAGUGCAAGACCUUCCGUUGGUAUCUAGUGAACAUUUACCCGGAGAUGAGAAUGUACACAGACAACAUUGCAUAUGGAGUGCUAAGGAACUCCCUGAAGAGUGACUUGUGUCUCGAUCAAGGGCCAGAAACUGACAACAUUCCCAUCCUAUACCUCUGUCACGGUAUGACACCUCAGAAUGUAUACUACACCAGCACUCAGCAGUUAUUCCUGGGCAUCUUAAGCCCAACCAUUGACGAUGAUGAUAACAAGUGCCUGGUGGAUGUGAACAGCCGGCUGCGGCUCAUUGAGUGCAGCUACGCUGUGGCUAAACGCAUGAAGCUCCACUGGCGUUUUACUCAGGGAGGCUCCAUCCAGAACAUCAAGUCAAAGCGAUGCCUUGAACUUGUGGAGAACAAUGACAAUGAGUUUGGAUUUCAGCCUACCCUCCAAAAAUGCACAGGCCAGAAAUGGACCAUCACCAAUUUGUUGCCUGGUAGCACCUUAUGAUGGUACCAUUGAGACCUAAAAAUUUCUGGAUAUACUGUAUUUCAGAAGAUAAAUUAAUUUGGGAAGAGGAGACUACAAAGCACCUGGAUGUCUCUAUUUGACUUUGACAUCAUAUGAUAAAUGUUAAACAUUUUUCCGAGCUACUGAACUUGUGCAUAUGGAUCAGCCACAUUUGGCAGAUAUUGCAUUGUGUAUUCUGAGGUUCUACACUGUAACGAGAAUUAUUUUGUGCAAGGAAUGCUUGGUUUUGUUUUGAAGUUUUGACUUGAAGGUUGUACUGGCUCUAUUGCACACGUUUUGUAUUGGGGCUGUAAUUGCUACUAUGUAGCAAACGCUUUGGCAAUGUUCUUGCUGCAUUUCUUCUAGCGUCUCAGGUUUGUAGGUUGCGAUUAUUUUGAAAUAACACUGUAUGUUUUUGGACAUGCGAAUAUGUUGGAACAUAUCUAGAUACAAUCAACUGUUUUAUAUCUACAUGUAAAGUAAAUAUUCUCAGUAUUUAUAAUUCAUGGCAGUAAAAAGAACAAAUGCUGUGAAGAUUUGUGACUUCUGCUCUUCUGAUUUUGCUACACACAAUCUUGAAACGUUAGUCCUGGUAGACACAGACAGAGCUGCAGUUGUUAUGACAGGUUAGGUCAUUCUUUGCAGUGUGUGUGCUUUGGUUCAGCAGCUGCACUUUCUCUGGAGUUCAAGUCAGUGUUUGUUCCUGAGGUACAUGGCAUACGGCGACAAAGUUCACAAAAGUGUUUCUUCAGGUUCACACUGUAUUUUACAGGCACAUCAAACACAAGCUACUUUGAGUACAUUAACAAAACAAAAAAGAGAAGAAUGUCAUUCUGCAUGACUGCAGCUGUUGGGAUGUUUUAAAAGGUUAGUUUAGCCAAAAAUAAAAAUUAUGUCAUUUACUUACCAUCUGGAACACGGAUGAUUUUUAUACUUCCGUGGAACACAAAAGAAGAAGUUAGACAAAAAGUUCAUAAAAAGAUUUAAAAAAAAGCUCCAUAAAAGUAGUCCACAUAGCUUUUUACGCUACUGUAUAUUCAAAAUAGCCAUACAAUAGCUUUGUGUGAAGAACAGACCAAAAUGUUAUUCAUUGAAAAUCUUCCCCUUUUCAGUAGGGCACUAUGAAUUUUCUUUUUAAAUUUUGUUUUAUUUUUAUCCAAAAUCUGUGUUUUCCAUUUUAAUUUUAAAUUUUAAAUGCAAGUUUUUUUUUUUAUCAUCACAACUGUGCCUAAUUAUAUGAAUUACUAAAAUUAAUCAAAUGAGAAUAUAGUAAAUUUCAGCAAAACAUUGCAGUCAUUUUUGUCAAAUAAAGUACUACACAUUAGUUAUUAUUAUUGCUACUGCAUUAAAUACAAAACUUUUUCCAUGCAGUAGUAAUAUUUCUUAUGGAAUGUCUUCAAUUACACACAUCCAGUUGAAUUGA